GCCUUUUGUAGCUUCAGCCAUAUCCAUGCUACAUCCAGCUAGAGAAGAUAUAAACGUGCCAGUCAGCUCAGCUCUCAGUGAAGGUCCUUCUUGACAAGAUGAAGUCCUCUGUCUUCGUCCUUUCUCUGCUCCUCAUUCUGGAAAGACAGUCAGCUGUGGUUGGACAAUAUGGGGCUACAAAAGGCCACUUCCAGAGCAGCUCCUCAGAGGGAUUUAUGCUUGGUCAGAAAGGCCGUCUCAGUUUCGGGAUCAAAGGAGGAAGUGACGAAGCAGCUGAAGAAAGCCUUUUCAUGCAAUCACAACGCCGGGUGUAUGGCCAGGGUGGUGGUGACAUGACCCAGACACGUGUUUCACAAGAGCAUACAAGUGUCAAAGGGGCCGCACUUUGUCGUAAUGGACAAGUAUCCCAACUGAAAUCCCAAGAAUCCCAAAUAAAAUCCUAUGGCCAAGUGAAAUCCAGUGGACAGCUGAAAUCUGGAGGAUCAGCCUUUGGACAAGUGAAGUCCAGUGUGUCCCAAAUAAAAUCCUAUGGACAGCUGAAAUCCGGUGGUCAGUUGAAAUCUGGAGGACCAGCCUUUGGACAAGUGAAAUCCCAAGAAUCCCAAAUAAAAUCUUAUGGACAAUUGAAAUCCAGUGGACAACUGAAAUCUGGAGGAUCGGCCUUUGGACAAGUGAAGUCCAGUGUGUCCCAAAUAAAAUCCUAUGGACAGCUGAAAUCCGGUGGAUCCCAAGUAAAAUCCUAUGGUCAAACAAAAUCCUAUGGUGAAGAAGGUCAACUGAACUCUUUCAGCCAACUAAAAUCCCAAGGUGCCCAACUAAAAUCCUAUGGUCAACAAAAAUCUCAACAACAGUCCUCCUUUAGCCAAGUAAAAUCUCAAAGUUCCCAACUAAAGUCCUAUGGCCAACAAAAAUCCCUCAAAGGUUUUUCUCAACAAACUCAGCAUAAAGGAUUUGCCAUGGAUGAAGGUAUGUCACAAGUGCGGAAACAAUUUAGUGACGAUGACCUCUCAGUACAACAGAAGUCUACCCAACAGAUGAAAACAGAGGAAGACUUAUCCCAAUUCGGACAACAGCGGCAAUAUGGACAAGAGCGCUCACAAUCCUAUAAAGGAUAUCUUGAGCAAUACAGAAAGAAAGUACAAGAACAACAACGAAAAAAUUUUAAUCCCGGUAACUAUUUUACAAAGGGAGGAGCAGACCUCUAUCAAGCUCAGCUUAAGGGAUAACAUAUUCACUGACCAACUAAAGACCAAGAUCAAUAUCAAGGACUCGCCUCACCAGAGUCAAGUCUAUGAUACCUUCAAGAUGCAGACUGCAAUGUCACCCAGAUCGUUGGUUCAUGGACAACCCUCUACUCACAUUUGCUUUUCUGUAGGACUUCUGGCCCUGGAGCUUCCUCAAACACUUGCUUUCCAAUAAAAAGAUAACUUUCCGCAUCACUUGUACUUGUUGACUGAGAACUGGUUCCUGAGAACUGUGUCUGGAUUUGGGAAUAUUCCCAAUGGGCAGUUCCAAAAGGAAGAGACAGUUGUAUGGCAUUGGGAAAAACAGCAAUAAAAUCCAUAUUUAU